AACAAAAGAAUAUGUUUAAUAGAUACGAAUAAGCGGGCUCAAGUAGCUAUUUUUGUGUGCGGGUGUGUCCUAUUUCUAGAUAUUAAUAUUGUUGUAGAUAUAAUAAAAAUAUAUUUGCUUGUACAUAUAUAAACGUAGUCGGUAUGUAGAAUAAUAUGUGAAAAAAUUAGAAAUUCAUUGUAUUUUUUUCUUACGCUUUUUUUCCUCUUAAUUUUUUCUUUUUCAUUUUUUUCGGCUUUCUCAUUGCCCAUGAUUGUUGUUAUUGUUUGGUUCUAUUUAUUUAUUCAUUUAAAGACAACACAAAAACGAACUUAUCGUAUUUUCUGUUUAACCUUUAGCUUGGACAUUUCAACCACCACCAUCUGUUACUGGUUGUAUUAUUCAAACACCUCCUCCUGUUCAAGUUGUACAACAACCAACUGUUAACGUUGUCGUUAAAUCCCUCGUACCAUUAAAAACAACUUCAACUACUGCAGCAGCACCAUCUUUUACAACAACCGAUAAAAAACAAAAACAUGAUGCAUCUGUUAAAACAGUCAAAACAAAGCAAGUCAACGAUACAACUCCAAAACUCGAAGUGAAAUCCAAAGGAUUAACAAAAGAUCAUCAUUAUCAUUUACACACUCAUCAUCAUCAUCAUUACAAUCAUGCUGCUAAAAAGAAACAAACAUUACCUACUUCAUCUCAUCCAACGUCGACAGCCACUAACAUUUUACAUAAUAUUCCAUCACCAUCGUUAUUGAAAUCUUCAAAUACAACAACAACAACCACUGUACCUUUAUCUCCACAAAAACAAUCGAUUAAAUCGACCAUCGUCAAAAAUGAACAAUUAGUUGAAACAAAAACAAUUUUACCAUUGAGUGUCAAUAACGUUGUGCAGAAACAACAACAAUCAAAAAAUAUCUUAUAUCACAAUCUAAUUAAUAAUCGGCAAUCCAUGCUCUCUUACCAUUCCUCCCCUCAACCAUAUUCAAAUAAUGACAAUAAUGAAGCUUUAAAUUUUUCUAUCAAACAUUUAUCCAAAGAUAAAAUGGCAUCAGAACAACAAGAAACAUGCACAAAAAAAUUGGCAUUAUCAAAAUCUCACACAACUACAACAAUUAGUGGGUCAAAAGCAUUAACGGUAACCAGUGAUUCUUCCAAAUCUACGAAUGUGAACGAUUGCUUGAAUGAAAGACCCUUACCGUACACAAUCAAUUCAAUAAUAUCUUCGUCAAAUUCAAAUGGGAAAGUGUUAACCAUUUCAGACAAACGUAGUCCAUUUGAUCAAGUUCGAGGUACACCAGCACAUUCUCUUGGCUCUUCAUCAUUAUCACAACAGCAGUCAAAGCAUUUAUCAUCAACCAAUACAUCGUCGCUUAUUCAACCGAUUAUAUCACCAGUCUCCAACAUUCUUGGUGAUUCACCAAAAAAGAAAACAGAACGACGUGGACGAAAACGGCGAAGUAUAUCAGCAACAAGUGCUAUCACGACUUUUGGAGGAGAUUUUAAUUCGACGACUCCAAAAACCACAAUCAUGUCACCGGUAAAAAGUUCUCGUGCAACGCGUGCUAAUUCAUCGUCAACAACUAUGACAACUACAUCAACGCCGAUUAGAUCAAAGUCAACGUGUGCCGUCGACUUGAGUAGUAAACAUGCUCAAUCACCCUCAUCUGGAAGUACGAAUAUUGCUAAAAAACGUCGUAAAUUUGUUAGUAAAUGGAUAUUAUCUGGAACAUCAGAAAUGAAAUUAGUUCCUAGAAACCCUGAAAGACCUCCUGUUUAUCGUGAAUGCUAUCCGUCUAUUCAACAUAGGACCCAAAAUGAUAUUAUACAAUCACAGGAUUGCGUUUUAUUACGUCCAGAAAAUCAUACCAAAGGAGCCACACCCUAUCUUGCUAAAGUAAAAUGGUUCUGGGAAGAAAAAGAAACAGGUGAAAUAUUAAUGUCGCUUAUAUGGUAUUAUCAUCCCGAACACACGGAUUUAUCGCCACGUAUAAAAGAACAUUUUCAACCAAAUGAAGUACUUGCAUCGAAAUAUUGGGAUACAGUGAGCGUUGCCUGCAUUGAAGAUAAAUGUUAUGUACUAACAUUAAAUGAAUAUUGUCGAUAUCGUGUUCGAGAAAAGUUAAAUAUUCCUCAACCGUGGUUAUUUGAGUCUGAUACAAUUAAACAAUUAAAAUCUAUUUUAACAUGUUCUCCUCUUUCUCCCUCAUUCUCAACAAAUCCACCUGAUACAGUUGAACAACAAGACUCUCAUAAAGAGAAAGAAAAACAAAUAGAAACAACUAUUUGUCGUCUAUUACCGUCGAAAAGUGUUGAUAAUCAAAAUAUUUUUUUUUGUCGAUAUGUUUAUGAUUUUCGACAAAAACGAAUAUUAAAAAAUCCGAAUAUAAACAAUAAUCCGAGUAUAACGAACAAUAAUAUAUCUUCAAUGAUUACAACUAGUAAUACGAGUUUAAUUUCCAGUAUAUCUGUGUGA